AUGUCAGAUAUCGGGGACUGGUUUAAAAACAUCCCGUUCAUCACUCGUUACUGGUUUGCUGGGUCAAUAGCAGUGCCGCUCAUAGGAAAGCUGGGAUUAAUCAGUCCUGUGUAUCUCGUACUAUGGCCGGAGGCUUUCUUUCAUAAAUUCCAGAUAUGGAGACCGAUAUCUGCAACAUUGUAUUUCCCAGUUGGCCCAGGGACAGGUUUUUUAUACCUGGUUAAUUUGUAUUUCCUCUACCAGUACUCCACAAGGCUUGAAACAGGAGCUUUUGAUGGACGACCAGCAGACUACAUGUUCAUGCUUCUGUUCAACUGGAUUUGCAUCGUUAUAACAGGCCUAAUGAUGGACAUGCAGCUCCUGAUGAUCCCUUUGAUCAUGUCUGUUCUGUACGUCUGGGCUCAACUAAACCGUGACACGAUUGUAUCUUUCUGGUUUGGUACCAGAUUCAAGGCUUGUUAUCUCCCUUGGGUCAUUCUGGGAUUCAACUUUAUCAUUGGUGGCUCCAUUGUCAACGAGCUGAUUGGGAACUUAGUUGGUCACCUUUACUUCUUUCUGAUGUUCAAAUACCCCAUGGACCUGGGUGGCCGGUCCUUCCUCUCCACCCCUCAGUUCCUAUACCAGAUGUUCCCAAAUCGACGAGGUGGGGUUUCUGGAUUCGGCGUUCCUCCAAGCAGGAGACCAGUGCCCCAAGAGCAGGCAGGAGGCGGUGGAGGUGGGCGUCAUAACUGGGGUCAAGGCUUUCGGCUUGGGGACGACUGAAAUCUUGACUCUUCCAUUAAUGGAUGAAUACAGAAGUGUCUAACAUCAAUGCUGCAGAAUAUGAAUUUUAAAUGUUUUUGUUUUUUUUGCAUUUCUUUUGACCCAAAUGGGAAAUUGUCGGGGCUCUUUCUCAGCAUUACAUAUUUUCCACUUACUCAACGUCAUAUAUCACACUGUUAUCGAGUUUCACAGUGUGUACAGAAACUCUGCAAAUUUAUGUGCAGUAGCAGAGUUGGUAUAAUUGUAGGAGAUUCAGGGGACUUUGAUUGUGUUUAACGUAAUAUGACUGCCUCCUUCAGUGUAUUCAUGUUACUUGCUCACAGUCAAAUGUAGCUGAUUAAUUUCGCUAUGAACUGUUCAGUAUAGAUCGUUUGUUAGCUCGGUUGUUUAGGAAUGGACUUCAAAUCUUUUUUUUUUUUUUAAUCACCUCAUUUGUCCAAAUUAAUUAGGUUCAAUUUAUUGUAAAUUUUCUUAAGCAUGACUUAUGCUUUACAUUUGCGAAUGAACUGAAUUACCAGUCAGCACCUGCAGAUGAAAGUGCUUGUGCAUAUUUCUGUGCAUAUUAUGUGUGUACGCAUGUUUUAUAUGUUUAGAUGCCAGCCUUGAGUAAAGUUUAUCAAUCCAUUUCCAGUAACACUGCCAUACACUUUUCACACAUUACUGAUGAUUAAACUAAAUUAAGAUUAGUCUUAUACGUACACAAGCCAUCUGACAGAAAAAAACAGAAACUUAAGUUUUAUAAUUAUUUUUACACUGAAAGAUAUAUUUAUUGCUUUCAUUGAUAUAUUUGAUUUUAGUAGGCACUAAAUGACAUUUUGAUAUUAUGUCCCUCAACACAUUGUUUGGAUAAAGGUGCUUUACAAAAUCCAGAUACAUUUAUGUGCAUAUGGUGUAUAAUGGUGAUACAGUCGUAUCGAAGUUAUAUAAUGUGACCUCUUGCCAAAAUCUUUAAGUUACUACUGUUCCAAACCACAAACCUUUACUAAAAUGUUCAGUUUUCAUUUAAUAUAAUUGCCAUUUAAUUGAGUGCUUGUUCAAUUACAGAUGCUACAAAUAAACUGUAAACAGCAACUGUGCUCACUAAUUUGAGUACAUUGAUUUCAGUGUCUUGUGGGACACACUCAGGAUACAGGCGCCUUAAAGUUGCAUUUAAAUUUUGCAGCACCCUGUAAAGAAACUUACUGUGAGAAAAUAAGCAAUUCUUAAUGAAACCGAGCCGUUGUUGUUGUUUUUUUUUUACUUUUAAUUUUGACUUUGGCAAUGCUACUGAUGUUUAAAAAAUGAGACUCAAAACAGUCUUUCAAUCAGUUGUGUUUUAUUGAUUUACAGCAGACUGGUUCAUAUAAAGAGCAAGCAGGAUUCUUGGUAGCAGUACAGUAUUCCUGAUACAUGUCUGAACAUGACACUAAAGCAGCUGCAAAAAAAAGAAAUACACUUAAGCGAGCUGAAAGCGGUUCACAGCUGAGUAAUGGUAAAAUGGAUCUAUGUGUUGGGAUACCAGGAAAAGCCAACAUGAUACGGAUAAAUUUGCAGUUACUGUAACAUUGCCAGAAAUGAGCCUAUGACUACAAAUAAACAUGUGCUGUGCAUCUCUGUA